AUGGUAGCAAAAAAACAGUUGCUUACUAUAAGAGGUAGCAAUGGGGUGAUACCCCUGCACAUGGCUGCUUUAUUAGGAUAUGAAGACAUGGUCUGGUAUCUUCUAUCAGUAACGGGCAGCCAAUCUCUUACCAAAGACGAUUACGUUGCGCUACUAAUUGCAACUAUAAGUUCUGAUUUGUAUGAUGUUGCUCUGAGAUUACUUCAAGAAAAACAAGAAGUAGUGAACAAACGAGAUCCCAAUAGCGAGACAACGCUUCAUGUUCAAGCACGAAAGCCUUCAGCAUUUUCAGGCAAAAGCGUGAGUGCAAAACUGUGGAACAAGUCUGGCCGGACUAGCACCUUCAGACUGCUCAAUCGUAUUAUGGACUUAACGGGUAUGGGAUCCAAUUAUGGAGAAAAAGUUUAUGCAAUCCCAAGCCUUGGAGUUGGUUCUGAUAGUGUUCUAAAAACUGCAUUUGGAAUCUUAACAAAGACUCAGAACGUAGAACACCCCAUAUGGUAUUUACAGAGGAACACUAGGGCUAGUCAAGAGUGGAUAAAAUGGAUGAAGGACACCUCUUCAUCCUGCAUGCUUCAAGCUAUACUUGUUACUAUAUGA